GAAGCAAAGAACCUUGGAGAAGGGGCCAAAUCUCAAACACAAACCUUUAUAAUUCCCCUUUCAUCAAUCUCUCCAUAAAAACCCUAAACCUCAACAAUUAGCAAAUAAUUUGAUCUUCAAUUCAAUGGGAUUUUUCAAAAGCACAUUCUCGUUCGUUGUGGGUACGGGUUUCGGAGUGUACUUGGCUCAAAACUACAACGUCCCCAAUAUCCAGAAGCUCGUCAACACUGGCCUUGUCAUCGCCAAGCAUCUUGAAGAGAAUUAUCGUAAACCCAAAAAGAGGGCAGAUGAUGAAGAUUUGUAAGCGGUUCUUUACGGCGUCGUUUUUUAAUUACACAGGUGCUUAGUAUUUUGACUUUUUAACUAUUGUAACAUCUAUGGCUGGGAUUGGGAAGGGGUUAGCAAAUUAGAUUCUUUUUUGGAGGAUUUAGUUUUGGAAAUUUGAAGAAUUUGCUGAAUUUUUAUUGUUUUUGUUUAUACGAUUCAUCAAUGAAAUUUGAAAGGAACUUUUCUUUUCAAUUGUUUUGGUUUA